AUGAGUGGAGGCGUAUUGGCAUUGUUUAUAUGUGCUGCAGGUAUCUACUCAAGCUUCUUGACAUGGGCUCUGGUGCAAGAACCUCUAACCACUAAGUUUUGGCCCAAUAGCCAGCACCAAUUUCAGGCACCAAGUGUAGUGGCAGCUGUACAGGCAGCUGUUGCCAUGAUUGUUGGUUUAGGAUAUUUGAAAUGGAAGAAAUGUGGGUAUGGACCAGUGAAUUUCGUUAAGGAUCACGGUAAAUCACUAGCAAUGAUUUCUUUAUCACAGAGUUGUUCAGGCCCGCUAGCGACAUAUUCUUUACAAUACGUGGACUUUCUAACCUAUAUGUUGGCAAAAUCCUGUAAGAUGCUACCCGUACUAUUGAUUCAUUUGCUGCUCUAUCGUACAAGUAUUUCAAAGGAGAAAAGGCUCGUUGCAGUGCUCGUCAGUCUAGGUGUAGCAGUGUUUAGCUUUGGUGGAUCCGGCGGCAAGCAAAAGACAAACGGUGAUGAUGCCUUCUCACUCCACGGAUAUGCACUACUUGUGGUCAGUCUCUUCCUGGAUGGUGUCACUAAUGCAUCUCAGGAUAAAAUGCUCAAGGCCAAUAGCCGCAAGGAUGCUUCUAAACCGAUUACCGGUGCCCAUAUGAUGUUUGCCCUAAACAUGUUUAUUGUGGUAUGGAAUUUAGGUUAUUUAUUCACAUUCGACAGGUUACAAGUGGAUAUGGCUAAAUUCAUGUUGUCAUUAGAUGGUGAAAUAUGGAAGUAUUUACUUACAUAUGCCAUAUGUGGUGCCGUGGGACAAUGCUUUAUCUUCUUCACAUUGGAGCACUAUGGAUCACUGGCAUUGAUAACGAUUACCGUUACGAGAAAAAUGAUCUCUAUGGUUUUGAGUAUUUUCGUCUUUCGCAAGAAAGUUAUGCCGCUGCAAUGGAUCGGUAUUGGCAUUGUAUUCGGUGGUAUAACUUGGGAAGCCAUCAGUAAGAGAAGACAAGCUGCUAGAAUUAAAAAAGAUUAG